AUGAAGCUAUCUCAUCCCUCUCGGGCAGGAACAAAAGUACUACUGUCCAUUAUGGCAGUGAGCACCGGCAUCAACGCGACAUUCACGUGCACCGUUAACAAUACGACAUUGACGACAGGGUAUAAUGCAACAACAAGCUACCUGGGAUGUUACUUGGACCCUAAAGUGAGCAUUCUGACGGCAGCGAAACUCAGCACCAUCGCUAUGACGCCUGAGUACUGUGCCACCUGGUGUGGGAAACAGGGCUUUGCAUAUGGAGGUAUCGAAUUUGGAACGCAAUGCUUUUGUGGUAGUACGCCCGAUCUUAGCACCGCCAGCAAAACAAAUGACAGCAGCUGCAACUCGGGAUGUUCAACUGACCCAUCUAGCUCAUGCGGAGGAACCUAUGUCAUGUCUUUGUACAAAAUUUUGAAUCCGCAAGGGAACGUAACGAACACUGGGUUUGUGCCCGCCUGCCAAACACAACCUCUGUGCAGUCACCAAGUCUGCGAUACCUCGUUGAGCAUUGCCGAGAGAGUAGACUCACUUGUCAAUUCUCUGACCCUGGAGGAAAAGAUCCUCAAUCUUGUCGAUGCUUCAGCAGGAUCCGCCCGCCUCGGUUUGCCAUCCUAUGAGUGGUGGAAUGAAGCAACGCACGGCAUUGGCUCCGCACCUGGUGUGCAAUUCACCUCAAAGCCAGCCAAUUUCAGUUAUGCCACGAGCUUCCCUGCACCGAUUCUAAUGGCGGCUGCCUUUGACGAUGCCAUGAUUCGAAAAAUAGCUCAAGUGAUUGGAAAAGAAGGACGUGCAUUUGCCAACAAAGGGUUUUCGGGAUUCGAUUUCUGGGCUCCAAACAUCAAUGGUUUCAGAGAUCCUCGAUGGGGAAGGGGCCAAGAGACGCUGGGUGAGGAUAUUUUCGUCGCUCAGAGUUAUGUUCGCAAUUUUAUCCCAGGGCUUCAAGGUGACGACCCGCAGGACAAGCAAGUCAUUGCAACAUGCAAACACUUUGCGGUCUACGACCUAGAGACGGGCAGAUAUGGGAAUAACUACAAUCCUACUCAACAAGACCUGAGUGACUACUUCCUGGCUCCAUUCAAGACCUGCGUGCGUGACACGGAUGUUGGAAGCGUCAUGUGCUCUUACAACGCAGUUUCCGGCAUCCCGGCUUGUGCGAAUGAAUACCUUUUAGAGGAGGUGCUCAGAAAGCACUGGAAUUUCAGCGCAGACUAUCACUACGUGGUAUCCGAUUGCGGGGCAGUUACAGACAUCUGGCAAUAUCAUAACUUCACUGACACCGAAGAAGGGGCAGCAUCCGUUGCUCUCAAUGCCGGUGUUGAUUUGGAAUGUGGCUCCUCAUAUCUGAAACUCAACGCAUCUCUUGCCGCGAACCAGACCUCUGUUGAGGCCUUAGACCAGGCACUGAACCGACUAUAUUCCGCAUUGUUUACUGUCGGCUUCUUCGAUGGCGGAAAGUACAUGAAUCUCGACUUUUCGGACGUUUCUACCCCUGCCGCACAAGCUCUCGCGUAUGAGGCUGCAGUCGAAGGUAUGACGCUUCUCAAAAAUGAUAAGCUCCUUCCUUUGGGUUCUUCGCAUAAAUACAAAAGUGUCGCUGUCAUUGGACCAUUCGCGAACGCCACGACUCAGAUGCAAGGCGACUACUCGGGCAAUGCGCCUUUUUUGAUUAGUCCACUGGAAGCGUUUGAGAGCCACCAAGAGUGGAAAGUGAAUUAUGCUUUCGGUACAGCAAUCAAUAAUGACAGUACUGCCGGAGUUGAAUCAGCUCUUACGGCCGCAGAAAAGUCUGAUUUGAUUGUGUAUCUUGGUGGCAUCGAUAAUUCUCUGGAGUCUGAAACACUUGAUCGAAUUUCCCUCGCCUGGCCACAAAACCAACUCGAUCUCAUCAUGAGCUUAUCCAAACUAUCGAAACCAAUGAUAGUUGUCCAAUUUGGUGGCGGCCAGGUCGAUGACAGUGUCCUGCUGAAGAACAAAGAUGUUCAAGCUCUGGUUUGGGCGGGAUAUCCUAGUCAAAGUGGAGGCCCUGCUCUUCUUGAUGUCCUUCUUGGUAGAAGGUCAUUUGCUGGUAGACUACCAGUUACACAGUAUCCCGCCAGCUAUGCCGACCAAGUCAGUAUCUUCAACAUCGGUCUUCGCCCUAACUUGAAAGAUUCAAAUCCUGGGCGAACAUACAAAUGGUACUCAGGAAAGCCCGUGAUCCCAUUCGGCUAUGGUCUCCACUACACGAAUUUCGAAUUUGAGUGGGAAGAGACUUUGAACCGUGAUUACAACAUCCAGAAACUUAUUGCCUCAUGCCAAAGAAGUUCUGGUGGUCCAGUCAAUGACAACACACCCUUUGCAACUGUCAAAGCGCGUGUCAAAAAUGUUGGCCAUGAAACUUCCGAUUACGUUAGCUUGCUGUUCCUUUCAAGUACGAAUGCAGGCCCAACUCCACGACCAAAUAAGUCCCUAGUGUCUUACAUUCGCCUCCACAAUAUUACAAGUGGAAGCGAUCAAGUGUCAGACCUGCCUCUCACGCUUGGCUCACUGGCCAGAGCCGAUGAGAAUGGAAGUCUCGUUAUUUUCCCGGGGCAUUACAAGAUUGCAUUGGACAUAUCUGACAACUUGACUUUCGAGUUUACGUUGAGUGGUGAUCCAGCAGUAAUCGAUACGCUCCCUACGCCUUCUGCACAGUAUAAUUUUACUGUGCCCGUCAAUCUUCAGCCACCAUCCACUGAAGCACAUAGCUAA